AUGGCUCAACCGGAUCCUAGCCAGGGCGUUCCCCAGGAACUUAUGCCCCAUGUUCAUCUCAUUUCAUCGUUUCGAUACCCAGCGAUGCCCCGACUUGACCUCAACGAGGUUGCUAAGUGGCUUAUGAGCGCACCACAAGUCGCGCGAGACAGAGCGCCUUUCUUCUGGACAUAUCUCGACAAACCCGCAGACGGCACAAUGCUCUUGACCUGGCAGCCUCUUCAGCGUUUGGGAACCAACUUCGCGACCGAUGGCUAUGUGUGGGCUCCCCCGGAGCAAGUCUACAAGCAUGAUCUGGGUAACGGACUGAUGCUCGAAAUCUACUACCAAAAGGCCGGUUACUACCCUGGUGAACAACUCACUCUUCACGCCCGUCGACGAUGCCGAUUAGUCCCUAUCCCCGGUCACCCCAACCCGCCUCAACCAGACAUCGGUCUGUUUAUUGUGCACUACGGACCAUCCGACCCCAAUGAUAGAGUCCCUGUCACAAUGAUCCCCUUCGACGAGCGAGUCAGCAACAUUAUGCAACAGCGCCACUUCUUGAUGCGCGCUGGUCAGAUUCGUCGUAAAGAGUUUAUGUUGUCUGACCGGGUUAACUGGCCCCAAUUGCCGGACCUUACACGGCAGGCAAUGCCUCACCAAAUGGCUCCCCGGGGCGUCCCUCAGCAGAUGGCUUAUCCCACGCAGCCCACACCGGGUCCUCCUGCCAAGCGACCGAGACACGCCGCGAGCCAAGGUGGCCAAGCUCCCCUACCAGGAAUGCCUCAGGCUGAUGCUGCUUUUGAUGAUGAGGAGGAUGUCUCUAGAGGUGAUAUGUUCGAUCAUCUCACUCCCAGAGAGAUUUCGUUGAGCCGAUACCAACAGAACCACGAGUGGAUGGAGGAGAUUCUCUCAUCUCCUUAUCGUAUAAGCCAAAUCACACCAGCCGAUCUCAACCUUGGUUUCAAGGGCGAAUUGUCACCACUGACAGAUGGAAUAUUCCCUGCCCAAGGUGUUGAGGCCUUCACAACUGUGCCCGAAAAGCCUUAUAUCGGCCGCCUAGACCCCGACAAGGCCGAAGAAUUUCGAAAGCGAGUUCAUAAUCACAUCGAAUCCACCAAGUCAGAAAUAGAAAGAAUGCAGGCCGAUCAUGCGAAGGCGCUCGCUGAGUUCAAGAAGAACUCCAUUCUCAACACCAAGGAGAAGGAGCUUCGAAACAUUGUCGAGGGCACAGGCACAGAAAUUUGGCGAGUUGAGGGCAAGAUUGACCCCCAUGAUGAGGAUCCUGCCCCUCGUCCCGUUACCACGAAAACAGUCGAACAGAUAGUAUCUGAGGUUGAGAAUGCUACUGGAAAGAAGGUGGAGACAAAGCCGACGGUGUCCCGUGUUCAAGAUGGAGGUUAUCAACCACCAGCACCAGAGCCCGUUCAGGCUGGCAACUCACAACUAUCCCGUCAGCCCUCACAAUCCGGUUCCCAAAACAGCGGUAUUAUGAUCGGCGAGUCUGAUAUUGAUAUGGGCGGUACUGUUGCUGGAUUGCUAGACCAGAUGCACACUACCACCUCUACGCCCCUGAACAACUUUGGAACUCCUCAGCCUCAAUUGUCAGCCAACCAGUCCGGAGCCGGAACACCCUCCAACCUCAGCGCUGCACCCGCUAAUACUGGCGAUGUGACCAUGGGCGGAACCCAAGUACCUAAGGAUUCGAGUGCUACAGCCCCUGAUCAAGGAACCGGUAGCGGAGACUGGGUUGUCGUGCCCAAGGAUGGUACGUCUAACGAUCAGAUCAACCAGGGACCCGGAUCAGGUACCGCAUCUGCCAAUGCCAACACACCUGUCGCCCCCGGAGCCGAUGCCGCCAAGUCAGUAGCAAAGACCGCUUCUGCCGGUGCUACACCGGCGGCUGGAACACCAGGAGGUUCUGUCACUUUUGACCAGAACGAUUUCAGCUCGUUGGGUGAUCUCGAUACAGCAGGCGACGCCCUUGCUGGCUUCGACGGCCCUACGCUAGACGGCUCAGCAGGCGAGUUAGGUGAAGGUCUGGAUCUGAGCAUGGACAUGGACGACUCGGCGUUCGGUGAUGCUUUCCACGGUGUUGACACUUCUGGAACUCCUCAAGGUCAGGACAUGUAG